AUGACAGACCUCGACGAGGACUUUGGGCCCACGCUAUGGGUGGUGAAUACCAUCUUCAUUGUGCUGGCCAUUUUUGCCGUCGCGGGGCGCUUUGCGGCACGUCGCAUGCGAAAGAUGCCACUCGGAGCGGACGACUGGUUGAUCUGUGUCGCGCUGUUCUGGGACUGUCUUCUCUAUGGCGUGUUUAUUGGGUGCCGAAUAAAUGGCCUCGGAAAACACCGCGCAACGCUUCCACCCGCCAAAGUCGCCGUCUUCUCGGAACUUCUCUACUUCUUUCAGAUCAUUUACGUCCUCGGCCCGCCGAGUGUCAAGCUCUCGCUACUAUUUCUCUAUCGACGUAUCUUUGAGCACUCGCGAUUCCUUCUUCUCGUGUACGGAAUGAUGGGGCUGAUCAUGGUCUGGGCGAUCAUCAUGACAUUCCUGUCAAUUUUCAACUGCAGGCCGAUUAGCGCAUUUUGGACAAUGGAGGGGACAUGCUUCAAUUUUCGCCAAUUUGCAGUUGGCUAUGCCAUUGUGAAUAUUAUAACUGACUUCGCUGUCUGGUUGAUGCCGAUUCCGUCGGUUUGGAAGAUCCAGUUGCCGCGGGCACAGAAGUUUGCAUUGUCACUGAUCUUCGCAUUGGGGCUAUUUGACUGUGCCGCCGCAAUGGCCCGCCUUCUCCUUUCAAUGCUCGUCCUCGGCGAAUACGACUCAACCUGGCUCUACGCUAAAGGAUAUAUGUGGUCCAUAAUCGAGGUGUCAACGGGAAUUGUCUGCACCUGCCUCCCAACCAUGCGAAUCUUUGUCAAAACCGCAUUCGGAGGGCAAUUCGCCCGUCUAUUUGGCAUGUCGAGUGGAAAGGCUAGCCAUCAGCAAUCAAACACGCCGGUAUGGUCGCGCAACCAUGAUUGCUAUAAUGAGCUCAGGGUGUCGCGGAAUAAAGAGAGCCCUAAAUCAGAGUCGGACUCCACACAUCGGAUUCUAGUGACGGAAGAGGUUAAUGUCGAGAUGCACCCGAUUAGGAAAGAUCCUGUUUGA